AUGGCAGCCGAUUCACUUCCAGUUGCUGAACGGCGGCACACCUCCAACACGGUGGCCGAGGCAGACGAGAAUCGCCUGGCGCAAUUCGGGUACAAGCAGGAAUUGAAGCGCGAUUGGGGUCUCGCGCAUAACUUUGGUGUUUCGUUCUCCAUCAUUAGUGUCAUCACCGGCAUUACCACCCUCUUCAGCUACGGCCUCAACACAGGCGGGCCCGCCGUAAUGUCCAUUGGCUGGAUCGUCGUCUCUCUCUUCACCAUGACCGUAGCCAUCGCCAUGGCCGAAAUCGUCUCCGCCAUCCCCACCUCCGGCGGUCCUUACUUCUGGGCGGCCCUGCUGGCGCCUCCCAAAUAUUCCCCCUUUGCUGCCUGGCUAACAGGUUGGUUCAACCUCCUGGGUCAAGUCGCCGUCACGACCGGCAUCUCCUUCGGCCUUGCCAACCUGAUCGCCACAGCCGCCACCGUGAAAAAUGCCGGCUACGAAGCCACCUCCGCCAAGACAAUCGGCAUCUAUGCCGCUGUCCUCGUGUCUCACGGCCUCGUCAACAGCUUUGGCGUCCACGUGCUGCGGUUCCUCAACAACGCUUCCAUCAUCCUGCACUCGGCGGGCGUAACCGCGCUCUGCAUCGCCGUCCUCGCCCAAGCGCCGACCCACCAGCCCGGCUCUUUUGUGUUUGGCCAGUUCUACGACGGCACGGGCAUCGACGGUGAAGGCUGGUCGGUCCGCGCCAGCACGGGGUACGUGGUCGUAUGCGGAUCGCUCCUCUCGCAGUACACGCUCACCGGCUUCGACGCCUCGGCGCACUUAUCUGAAGAAACCAAAAAGGCCUCCUGGUCCGCCCCCAUCGGCGUCGUAUCAUCGGUUGGCUUCUCGGCUCUUUUUGGAUUUUUCGUCCUCAUGGCUCUGCUCUUUUCUAUCCAGGACUUCGACACGACGCUCGAUUCAGAGUAUGGCCAGCCCGUGCUGCAAAUCUUUGUUGAUGUCUUUGGCGAGGAUGGUGCGCUAGCGUUGUUCAGCUUGGUCAUGGUCUGCGUGUGGCAUUGCGGAUUGUUCUCCAUGACGAGCAACAGCCGCAUGAUGUUUGCUUUCGCGCGGGAUGGAGGAAUUCAUCCCUUUUUCCAUCAGGUCGACGCAAGGUUCCGAUCUCCGAUUCGCGCGGUGUGGUUAGCAGCAACCUUGUCUUUCAUCCUGGCCUUACCGAGUCUAGGGAGCAGUGUAGCCUUCUCGGCGGCUACGUCGAUAGCCACCAUCGGGUUAUAUAUCUCGUACGGCCUACCCAUCGCCAUCGGUCUUAUUUUCCAUGAGAACUUCACGGCCAUGAAGGGCCCCUUUAAUCUGGGGCCUUUUUCAAAGAUCGUGGCCCUGGUCGCGGUGUUGUGGAUUAUGUGUAUCACCGUUGUGUUCUGUCUGCCGACCAGCAAUCCUGUCUCGGACCAGACGCUCAAUUAUACCGUCGUGGCAGUGGGGAUUAUUGCUGUAGGGGCGACGGGCGCAUGGGUGCUGUGGGCAAGGAAAUGGUUUACGGGGCCGGCGACGGAGGUGAGUGAGGCGAUGCGGUUGAGUGUUGAUCCGACAGAGCCGGGCGCGCUAGAGAUGAGGGAGAAGCAAGUCGCCGGUAAGGAGGUCAAGAAUAUAUCGGAGCCUGUUAGCGAGUAG